AGAAAACGUGUGGAAUUCCGUUUCCGCUUUAGGGAGUGGACGGUGAUUUUUUUUUUUUUUUUUGACUUCACUUCCCAAACAACUUUUUAUUCCACGUCAACUCCAGUUUUUUUUUGUUAUCUUUCCCGGAUUAAAGUGCAGCAGACACGACGAUGGCGUCUUCUCCUCAGAAGUCUCCGUCCUCUCCGAAAUCCCCGACGCCCAAAUCCCCGUCCUCCAGAAAGAAAGAUGACUCUUUUCUGGGGAAACUUGGUGGAACUCUGGCAAGGAGAAAAAAGGCGAAAGAAGUGUCUGAGCUUCAGGAAGAAGGGAUCAAUGCCAUUAACCUUCCUCUCAGUCCUUCCCAUUAUGAGCUGGACCCUGAAGACACCAUGCUAGAGGAGAAUGAAGUGCGUACUAUGGUGGACCCAAACUCCAAGAAUGACCCCAAGCUGCAGGAACUUAUGAAGGUGUUAAUCGACUGGAUAAACGAUGUUCUGGUGGGAGAAAGGAUCAUAGUCAAAGAUCUAGCUGAAGAUCUGUAUGACGGACAGGUCCUGCAGAAACUUUUUGAAAAGUUGGAAGGGGAGAAGCUGAACGUGGCCGAGGUGACUCAGUCAGAGAUCGCCCAGAAGCAGAAGCUGCAGACUGUUUUAGAGCGCAUCAACGACUCGCUCAAACUCUCCACCAGGAACAUUCGAUGGAACGUUGACUCUGUGCAUGCCAAGAGUAUAGUGGCCAUCCUGCAUCUUCUGGUGGCGCUGUCGCAGCACUUCAGAGCACCAAUCAGAUUGCCAGAUCACGUUUCUAUUCAAGUGGUGGUUGUCCAGAAAAGAGAAGGCAUCCUGCAGUCCAGACAAAUUCAAGAGGAGAUCACUGGGAACACAGAGGCUUUCUCUGGCAGACAUGAGCGUGAUGCUUUCGACACCCUGUUUGACCACGCUCCGGAUAAACUAAAUGUUGUCAAAAAGACAUUGAUCACAUUUGUGAACAAACACCUGAACAAGCUCAACCUUGAGGUGUCAGAAUUGGACACACAGUUUGCAGAUGGUGUUUAUCUGGUAUUGCUGAUGGGGCUGUUGGAAGGAUACUUUGUGCCACUCUACAACUUUUUCCUCACACCAGAGAAUUUCGACCAAAAGGUCCACAACGUGUCCUUCUCAUUUGAGCUGAUGCAGGAUGGUGGUCUGGAGAGACCCAAGCCCAGACCAGAGGACAUAGUCAACUGUGACCUGAAGUCAACUCUGCGUGUCCUCUACAACCUCUUCACCAGGUACAGAAACGUGGACUAAAGACCAUGUAUAGCAAGAGGGAACACUUUGGACCAUGGACUUCAUCUAAAAUCUUGUGUUUUAUUUCUUUUUGUGGUAAAAAAUAUAUUGUUCUUAUAAUACCUACAUCACAUAUUGUUCUUGAUGAGAAGUAUACCACAAACACCAAUCUCAAACAUUCACAAAUUACUGUACAGUCUAGUAGACAUGUAUUAAUUAAAGAAGAUAAGCAUAUUUUUGUGUAGCUGUAUUCUGUAAUGAUUUUGGUCACCUCACAUUGGAAGCAUGGGGGGGUUGGGGACUUAAGAUGAACAAGACUUGUACCUUUAAAUUCCAAAAUGAAAAUGUUUAAAUUGUAUUUAUUGUCCAUUAUUGUCACGUUUUUUUUUUUUUUACUUUCCAGCUGUUUGAUUGUCUUUUCCCUUUUCUUGCUCAUGUCAGUAAUAAGUGCCUUUAUUUAAACAUGUACACAACCAACAGCUAAUACUGGCAUGUAUUUACUCCCUGAUGUCUUACUGCUCCAGAUUUGUAUGUACCUGUGUAGGAACAUCUGAAAUAUUUGACCAAAGCUGUGCUGUAUUCACACUCUGAAAUGCAUAAAUGCUUUAACUUGGCAGCACCUCACUCUCUUGUAUUUGGGACAUGAAUCAUAUUUUUCUAAUGAAGUUAAACCUACACUAUGUAUUCACUCUGCUUUUUGUUUUAUUAUUAAUAAACACAUUAUAUUUCACUUCCUUCUGCUUUAAUAUUGAAUGUAUGUAAUGUGCUCCUUUAAGGAGAUUUCAGAUCAAUAAAUGCAGUCACUGUCAAUGGUGUUGAGCAGCCAA